CUGGCCCAGGCUAAGCAUUGACAAUGCCUCAAUCACAGCUGAUUCCCCAGGGGCUGGAUAGACUCCGUCUGCUGCUUGGCCUGAGCAUAAUAUUUGUGAUUUGCCAGCAAAGUGCCACCAUCGGCUACGCCAGUUCGGACAUAUGCACCUCGAUCAUUGAGUCCGAUAUCUGCCCAGACAGCUACCAUCGCAAACGGGAUGGGCUCUGCAUCAAGUCUCUGUGCUACCUCAAAGUGAACGACACCUGCUACCCACAGGACAGCGAGGCCAGAUGUGCAAGGUCUCUGUCGUGCGUCUGCAACCGAUGCACGAACUGCAGCGACUACAACUACGCCUGGAAGUGCCUGAGAGCCGGGUGUGAGGACUAUAACCUGAAAAAGCGCAUUCCGACCCGUUUCCUGCCUUGGCUCAAUCGCGCUCGCUGGCAGAACUUCUCGAAGCGACUCAUUGAGCCCAAUUAUGAAUACUGAACGUCGACUCUAGGAUCAAUUGCCAAAUACUCGAAUAAUCGGAACGGACCCGUACUACAUACAUACAUACACACGUAAAUGCCUACCCUAAAAUAAAUACAUAUUUAAAUGGAAAUAACAAUCGUCGCAAAUAAAGAGACCAUUUUUGCCAUAGAGCAACCCUUAAAGUUGUGUGCGCUUCCUAGAU